AUGCCUUUUACCAGGAAAGAAAAUAAGGGUCAACCAAGAUCGACCUCAGCAAGCUUGAUAAAAAAUAAAAAGCCAGCUGCAGCACAGAGUAACCUUCUUUCAUUUCUCAAAAAGGAGUUACCUACUCCAGCAGAUUCUAGUAGUAAAAGAAAAGUUUCUGAGGAACUCGAGUUACCUCUAACUCCUAUAACUCCUAGGUCUCAGCGGGAGAAAACGGUGCAAAAAUUUAAUAACGAAUCGGUAAAUAAUUCUGCUGAAGAAAUUGGGGAACCAACCUCCGGAGUGAGAGUCUUAAGGCGAAGAGUUAAACGUAAAAUUUAUGUUUCGUCUGGUGAAGAUAAUGAUUCGGAUGAUAUUCUCGAUCUUGUAGAUUCUCCAAUGCCAGAGAAAUCUCGUGUUCAAAAGAAAAUUUCCCCUCGACAAAGAAAAGCUAAAAAUGACGAUGACGAUUAUGAGCAUGAAAGCGAUGAUUCCGUCAUGAACGAUGUUGCUCCUGUUGCUAGUGAUGACGAGGAUAUGAAAGAUAAUUCGACGCGCAUGAUUAAAAAGUUCUCUCAUAGUGAUCAAAAUGGAAAAUCUGCUUCUAAACUGAAGGAAUUUGCCUCGAAUUCAUCCGUUCGUCGUGGCCCAAGCUUCUCUUCUUCAACUCAUAUGAGCAAUACCGAGAAAAAAAAGCAACGUGCUGCGGAUUUUAAAGUAAAGAAUGAUGACCGAUACAGCUGGUUGCAAGAAGUUCGCGAUUUAGAUGGAAAUCCCGAAGGAUCACCUAAUUACGACCCACGUACAUUGUAUAUUCCUAAAUCUUCUUGGGACAAGUUCACUCCAUUUGAAAAACAAUUCUGGGAAAUAAAGUCUAAGCACUGGGAUACCGUUGUAUUCUUCAAGAAAGGAAAAUUUUACGAAUUAUAUGAACGUGAUGCAGAUAUAGGUCACACGGAAUUCGAUCUUAAACUUACGGACCGUGUUAAUAUGCGAAUGGUCGGUGUACCCGAAUUUUCUUUUGAACAUUGGGCAGCUCAGUUUAUUGCAAAAGGUCAUAAAGUUGCGAGGGUUGACCAAAUGGAAACAGCGCUAGGCAAAGAGAUGCGCGAAAAAGCGACCAAGAAAAAGGAAGAAAAAGUUAUAAGACGUCAGUUAACUUCUAUCCUUACCGCCGGAACUCUUGUAGAUGGUGGACUGUUGACUAAUGAAAUGUCAACUUAUUGCAUGUCAAUUAAAGAGUCUUGUCCAACCGAAAACGAUCCACCUGCUUACGGCAUAUGUUUUGUUGAUACGGCGACUGGCGAAUUUAACCUCGUGUCAUUUGUUGAUGACAUUGAUCGGACUCAAUUCGAAACUUUAAUCAUGCAAGUGAAACCAAAAGAAAUAGUAUAUGAAAAAGGAAUGCUUAAUAAACGUUCACAACGUAUUUUAAAAACCUGUAUUAAUUGUCCCAUAUGGACUGGACUCAUACCUGAAAGAGAAUUUUGGGAUGCAAAUGCUACUUGGGAUGAAAUUAGGUACCCUUUGUUUUAUUACUAA